UUAAAUACCGCGCUUGGCUCAUAAAACCUAUCGGCCAACGUGGUACGAUACCCAUCUUAGCCCCAAACUCUUCCUUGCCCACCCACAAAAAUGCCGCUCCCUGCUCGACGAAGGAACAAGGUCAAGGGUGUCCAGUUCACCAUUAUGGUCGUUGGUGCAUCUGGAACUGGCCGCACGACGUUCGUGAACACCCUCUGCGAAUCAGACGUUUUGUCGCACAAAAUCUGUGACGACCCCAAGGAGGCCCACCUCGAAGCUGGUAUCAAAAUCAAGCCCGUCAACGUUGAACUCGAGGAAGAUGGGAUUCGCAUUGCCCUGACUGUCGUCGACACCCCCGGUUUUGGUGACAACAUCGACAACGAAUUCGCCUUCCAAGAAAUUAUGAACUAUCUCGAGCGACAAUACGAUGAUAUCUUGGCUGAACAGUCCCGUAUCAAGCGUAACCCUCGAUUCAAGGACAAUCGUGUCCAUGCUCUCCUCUAUUUCAUUCCCCCGACUGGGCACGCCUUGAGAGAAAUGGAUAUCGAACUCAUGAGACGACUUUCGCCCCGUGUCAACGUCAUCCCCGUUAUUGGCAAGGCCGACUCCUUGACUCCUAAGGAACUCAAGGCCUUCAGGAAGCGUAUCAUGGAAGACAUCGAUCACUACUCGAUUCCCAUCUACAACUUCCCUUAUGAUGUCGAGGAAGACGACGAGGAAACCAUCCAGGAGAACAUGGAACUGAGGGCCCUCCUUCCCUUUGCUGUCGUCGGCUCUGAAGAGGAGAUUGAGAUCGAUGGAGAGCCUACCCGUGCCAGGAUUUACCCAUGGGGUAUCGUGGAGGUGGAUAACCCUCAUCACUCUGACUUUGUCAGGCUCAGGAGCGCCAUUCUUGGAUCCCACUUGGGUGACCUCAAGAUGUUGACCGAGGACGUCCUCUACGAAACCUACCGUACCGAGAAGUUGUCCCGUGCCGUCAGCGCCGACCACCGCGACUCCCAACUCCUCCCCGAGGAUCUCGCCAGCCAGAGCGUCCGUCUCAAGGAAGAGCAGCUUCGUCGCGAGGAAGAGAAGCUUCGCGAAAUCGAACUCAAGAUGCAACGCGAGAUCAACGAGAAGCGACAGCAACUCGCGGCCAAGGAGGCUGCCCUCAGGAACUUGGAGAGCAGGAUUGCCGCUCAGGACUCCAACACCAGCUACUAAUAGAUUCACCACCCGGCUUAAUCUCACCCACCCGAAUCCUAGUAAUCGACCCUAUCUUGGCAUCUCUUCUUGCUUUGCGCUACAUUACCGUUUUGACUGGAUCCUUGAACACUCCUUUGGUUUUCAUCUACAGAUCGAUUUAUACCCAUACCCUCGUUGUACGCUGUCUUUUUCCUCUGGCUUGAUACAUUGAUAUACUCUGUCUAUACUACUGGUUUUCCUUA